AUGAUGGCGCUGAGCGAGAGGCAGCCGCAGUCGGAGAAGAAGGCCCCCCGGGCGAGGCCCAUGUCGGGAAAGGCCGUCUUCGUGCUCUGCGCCACCAGCUUCUUCGUGGGGCUGCUGCUCAGCGGCCGGAUGACGGUGCUGACGCCGCCGGCGUCGGGCAGCCACGGCGGCUCCAGGAUCGCCCUCUUCUCCGACGACGACUGCGAGCACAGGCGUAAGCUGGAAGAAGAGAGCAACCCGAACGAUGUCAUGAACGAGGUGACACGAACCCACCAAGCCAUUCGGUCUCUUGACAAGUCGGUGUCGUCGCUGGAGAUGGAGCUGGCGGUGGAGCGCGCCAAGAGGAACGGCGGCCUGGGCGCGGCGGUGCCGUCCAAGGGCCUCCCGAAGGUGUUCGUGGUGGUGGGCAUCAACACGGCCUUCAGCAGCAAGAAGCGGCGCGACUCGCUCCGCGACACCUGGGUGCCCCGGGGCGACAAGCUCCGGCAGCUGGAGAAGGAGAAGGGGGUGGUGGUGCGGUUCGUGAUCGGGCACAGCGCCACGCCCGGCGGCGCGCUGGACCGGGCCAUCGACGUGGAGGAGGCGGAGACGAGGGACUUCAUGCGGCUGGACCACGUGGAGGGCUACCACGAGCUCUCCUCCAAGACCAGGAUCUACUUCGCCGCCGCCGUCGCCACCUGGGACGCCGCCUUCUACGUCAAGGUCGACGACGACGUGCACGUCAACCUAGGGAUGCUGACGAACAGGCUCGCCAGGUACCGGACGACGCCGAGGGUGUACGUGGGGUGCAUGAAGUCCGGCCCGGUGCUGUCGCAGAAGGGCGUCAAGUACCACGAGCCGGAGUCGUGGAAGUUCGGGGACGAGGGGAACAAGUACUUCCGCCACGCCACGGGGCAGAUCUACGCCAUCUCCAGGGACCUCGCCUCCUACAUCUCUAUCAACCAGCCGAUACUGCACCGGUUCGCGAACGAGGACGUGUCGCUGGGCGCGUGGCUCAUCGGGCUCGAGGUGGAGCACGUCGACGACCGGAGUCUCUGCUGCGCCACGCCGCCAGACUGCGAGUGGAAGAAGCAGGCCGGGAACGUGUGCGCGGCGUCCUUCGACUGGUCCUGCAGCGGCAUCUGCAAGUCCGUCGACAGGAUGAGGGCCAUCCACAGCGCCUGCGGCGAGGGCGACGGAGCCGUCUCCAACUUCGCCGCCGCCUGA